CUUCCGGGUUGAUGGACGUGUUUACUUUCCGAACUGUUAGCUGUUGCUGGUAAGGACUCUACCGGCUGUUCAGGAUGCUGCUGGUUCUGUCUGAAGACCAUAAGGAACAUCUCUCCUUCUUGCCGAAGGUUGACACCGCAGUGGUUGGAGAGUUUGGUCGCAUAGCGCUGGAGUUCUUGAGGAGAGGAAGCAGUCCUAAGAUCUACGAGGGAGCAGCCAGGAAGCUGUGUGUUCCGGUGGAAAUGGUGCAGCAUGGAGUGGAAGGCCUGAUGUACCUGAUGACCGAGAGCUCCAAACACAUGAUCUCUGAAGAAGAUUUCCUGGACUCUGUGUUGGUUCUGGGGUUUGGUGAAGAGCUUAACCAGACCCUUUUACAGCUCUACCUGCAACACCAAAAUCUGAUCCGCAGCAUCCUGAGACAGCUGCCCUCCAGCCUGCCUGCCUACCACAACCUUGAAUGGAGACUGGAUGUGCAGUUGGCGAGUCGUCCUAUCCGCCAGCAGGUCAUUCCCAUGCUGACGAUGCGCCUGCUGCUGACGGGAGGCUGUGACCUCAGCAGGAGGGUUCUCCAGACAGACCCCAGCACCCUCCUGCACCUCAUCUCCACACUGGAGGCUGCUCUGGCCGCCAUAAAAACCAAUCAUGCUCGCCGCAUAUUUCGCAACAUCAAAUGACCAACCCCCUCCUGCCGCCCAGGUCCUUUUCUGUGUAACCUGUUUCUGCUGUGACACGCCACAUUAUUGCCUUUAAACCUGGAUACAUGAAGACGGGUCUGUGUUCUGACCUGCUCCUGGAUGAUAAACUCUGGUUUUGUCCAUCUGACUGCCAAACGUCAAGAGUCAUAAUACUUGCCAGAAGGUAUCGACUUUAUUGUAUAUAAUGUUUCUUCAGUGCCGCCGAUGUUGUAUUAAAGUGUAAGACACAUGAA